GAGCCUAGAGCCGGCUGCUGCACGAGCAGGGGCGCUGAGCUCAAUGCUGCUGAGGGAGGGGGAAAGACUCAUGAAUGACGAGCGGGAGGGAGCCGGCGUUGGGCACUAGGGCUCUGCGGCCCACUGGGCUCCGCGCUGCUGAUAGCGAGAAAUGUGAGCUGGCUGCAUCACUGCAGUACCCACUGCAGACACAGAGAGAGGGGGAGAGAGAACGGCAAGGAGCCAGCUCCCAGCCCGGAGCAUCCCAGGGACAGGCUCCCUCACAGCCAGGAAACAGCUCCCGGGCAGAGCCUUCUCCAGCAGCAGCAGCAGCAGCGACCACCCCCAGCACCGAGCAUCCCCAGAAAGGACUUGGCAAGGCCCUUGCUUCCAGCCAGCCCCGCACCUGCUGUGCUGCCCAGGAUCUCGCCUUUGCAGAGAUGAUCCCAGGAAAGCUACUAGCAGCGGCUGCCGCCUCUUGUGCGGGUCUGCCAGGUCAGUAGCCGGCAGAUGCCGUGUGCACCUGCCGUCGCAGACAGUGUUGCAUCAGCUUCGUACCUGGAGAAGCAAAACCCCCUCCUGCCCAGCGAGCGGGGGGCGCGUUUGCUGGCUUCCUGGGGAGGAGGCUGGCUGGGAACGAAAGCCCUGCGAAGAGGCGUUUGUCCUUCAUCACUGCAGCCUGGAAGAGUCGCAUCCCUGGGCUCGAAGAUAACCUCCAGUGACUGGGGCCGCCAGUCCGCUGGUCCCUUGCCUGGCCCAGGGAGAGGAGCCGGGCCCGCAAGGCAGGAGCCUCCUUAAACAACAGAGCUUUGAAGCCCCCCAGCCCAGCCCAGCCUUUUCCUGCGAGUGGCUGCAGGGGACGCGGCGCUGAGGCUGGGGCAGCGCGGCAGGGCUGAUCCGUGGCUACACUCCUGCACCCCCACCAACGGAGCCCGGUCCGCUCCCCGGCAGGACGCUUCCUGGCUCUGGGUCUGGUGCCCAGCUGCUACCCUCGGGGAGCUGCAGGCUCCACGAACCUCAGGGACUGCGAGUGGGAGAGACAAAGUCAGAGCAAAGGAAUUCACACACACAUUCUUCAGCCCUGCCAGGAUCUUACCCCGAAAGAGGAAUACAGGCUGGGUGGGGGCAGGGCACCUGUGGGAAGGUGCAGGGAGCCCUCCUCGCAGGCUGCACUGCUGGGAGCUGUCCUGGGAUGAACUGGAGCCCUGACUCAUCUGUUCCAGGGCCAGGAGAAAGCCCGGCUGUCCCUAAGCCUCUUGCCUGAGUUUGCUGUUUCCCGCUGCUGAUGCUCUGGCUUGGAAAGCGACACCACACUGAGAGUGGGAGAUCUCUCAGCGACAGGGCUGCCACAGGAUUAAGCAUCUGAGAACGGCACUGCGGGGUGGAAGCGCUUUGAUCAUCAGAUUGGAACCAAGGAGCAGAAAGGCUCCGCUCAGCAGGAUGCUGCUGUGACUGCAGCCACUUCCUGUGCACGCCUCCAUCUGCGGAAGCAGCACCUCCAGGAAUGCGGGGGAAGCUAGGGUGACUGGAAUCCAGAGGGACCUUGGUUGCCUAGAGCUGCCCCUUUCUCCCAGGAUGUGCCCCUGCUCCAGCGGCUUUCUCCAGCCCUAUCGCUUCACUGCCCGAACACGAUUGAAAGCUCUGCAUGCUGCCAGCGUGUUUUAGCCUCAUGCAGGCACCCCUUGCAGAACCCAGAGCAGCGGACAGCAAUGUGAAAACAAUCCUCAUGUCGUGUCUCAAAGGGCAACAGGUCAUCAUCAAAAUGGAGGCGAUGAAGAUCAUCCACCCAGAGAAGUUCUCGGAGCUACAGGCCUCCCAGCCACGCUACACCUCAGCGCCCCGCCGGGAGCCCCCUCUCGUGGCCAAGCGCGCCUGGCCAUCAGAGUCCGAGAUCAUUGUCAAUCAGGCGUGCGGGGACAUCCCUGCCCUGGACGGUAACCCUGGCUCUCUGGGGCUGCCCCGGACUCCGCCCCUGCCGCGGCGAGAGCGAAUAUACCAAGCGCAGCGCAAGGGCAGCUCAGAGGUCUGUUACCACCGCCAGCCGCCCUCAGACGAGGUGAUCGUUAACCAGUACGUACUGCACCCCUCCACGCCGUGCGAGCCCCUUGAGUGCCCCACCUGCGGCCACGUGUACAACUUCACCAACAAGCGGCCCCGCAUCCUCUCCUGCCUGCACUCGGUGUGCGAGGAGUGCCUGCAGAUCCUCUACGAGUCCUGCCCCAAGUACAAGUUCAUCUCCUGCCCCACCUGCAAGCGGGAAACCGUGCUCUUCACCGACUACGGGCUGGCCGCGCUGGCGGUGAACACCAGUAUCCUGAACAGACUGCCCGCUGAGGCCCUGGCCGCCAACCCAGUGCAGUGGAGCAGCGACGCCGACCGCAGCUGCUACCAAACCUUCCGCCAGUACUGCGGCGCAGCCUGCACCUGCCACAUCCGAAAUCCACUGUCUUCCUGCACCAUCAUGUAACCUGUGCACCCCGCCCUGCCUAGCCCCGCGCCGCCUCCCUGCCCCGGGGGCCGGACAGUGUGGGAGACGACCACGCACCAGUCCCAGGGGACGACAGGACCGAGUGAGGGUGGCAAGUCUCAGUAGCUCCCCUGGCGCUGCAGGUGCUAAACACGUCAUCCCCUGGCCCAGCUCCCCGCGCCAGCACAGGGCAUCCCCACCUCCUCGGCGCUCAAGUUUAGGUGGGGGCAGCUGGGAACACCGCCCCCUUGGUAAUCCGAAGCCACUGGUUGAGCAGAGGCCUGGCAGUACUCCAGAGCGAGGGACUUUCCUAUCCUGCGGCUCACGCUCCCCCUGUGCGUCUGGACAGGUGCCACUCAACCCCCUGUGCCCACUCCCUGGGCAGCUUGCUUCCCGUUGCCUUCCCCUGGCUCUGUGGCCUGGUCGGGGGGGAGCAGCUCCACCCAGGCGCGGCCCCACCAUUGGCCUGGCUGACCCAUGGCGCUGGCGCCCCCAUGCGGCACAGCACAUUCAACCUACAGAGGUGACACGGGUGGGGAGCCCGGGAGCUUCCCAGGGGCUGCACAUGAGACCUGAAUCUGCCUCCCACAGGGAUGGGAUGGGAGGUUGCCAAACGUCAGACACAUCCUCUCUGCAUUAUUUGCCAAAGCUUUCAUCUCAGUGGCCAGCUGACAUGCAUCAAAGUAACUGCAGCCAAUUAAACCCGUUGCCAUUGGCCUCCCAUUAUUAACAGACGUAGCCCAUUUCCUCCACAGGCCCUCCAGGAAAGCUCCCAUUUGUCCUCGUUUUGGAGGAUCUUUGUUUGCCCAUCCCUGUCUGGGGACACCCCGUCCUUUGGGUGGUUCGUGUUAAUAAAGGCAUUGAGUUGUGAUCCUUCUUCCAUGGGUUCUGUAAGCCUCUGGGCGGGGAGGGGCCCGCGGAUCUCCUCGCUCAGCCGAGUGAGCAGCAGAGGCCGAAGCCUUUCUCAAACUGUGCCAUGCCGUGUUCCUCCCCUGUGCCCCUCCAGCACGCUCCCGCUCUGCAGUAGGGCAACCCAGGGGUGGGGGCCCCAGAGGGUAUCAGGCUAGCAAGCCAAGGCCACCCCACCCCUUUGUACUACUAACUGCAGAGGAUGGGGUGACUGAUCUGCCUAUGACAGCGUCCCUGUCCCCGAAGGGGCAGCGGUGAGAACGGCUACACAGCACCAUGCCCUGUUAUCGCUCACGCAGGGGGAAGCAGCUGCCCUGCUUGGAGACGUUAUCUCUUCAGGACAUUUUGGGAAGAGCUUGCUGCAAAAAAGCAAAAAAAGGAAAUAAAACAAGCCAUAAGUUGCGAGGUGCGGCAGUGCGCGCGCGCUGCACGCACACUCCCUGGGGACCGCUGCCCAGGCUUGGGCCCAGAUCAGCCAUCUGGGGCAGUAUUGUCUGUACACACCUGGAUCCCAUAUCUUCUGGGCCCUCUGGCCAGGGCUGGCUCUGCCAGGUGAGCUCUAGACACCCGGCCAGCUCAGCUCACCCCACACAUGUCGGUGUGAGUUCGUUCCUACUUAUUACACUGCCACAGCCCCAAGAGCCCAAACCCACCCGCUCUGCAGGGAGCCCAGAGCUGGCCUCGGCGCCGUUAGGGAGAGGGAAGGUGAGAGCCAGCAAGUAGCCCUGCAGGCUCCCUGGGGAAGACACUGCAGUGCAGCCACCCCCCCUGGCUCCCAGCCCUGUGGAUGCAGCCAAAGCAUGAGCGCUUCCUGCAGCCCCGCCGAGGCUGGAGGAGAGUCCCGAGAGGCCGUGCUCACUGGGCAGUGGUAGGACAGGGCUGGGGAGAGCACCGAGAACAGGGCCUGACAGCGUUUCGUUUUCGCUCUGCCGAUUCCUCCUGUCGCUGGUUGUGACGAUGCUCCUGUUUUCUACCUGGCCUUGUU